AUGCUGACGACCGAGAUAGGCAUCGCCCCUAUCCCUAUACACAUCGCCUACGCAGACCCCGAACGCGUUCUCAUCCUCAGAAGAUCCGUGCCGUUACCCGUUGAACGAUCUCAAGGAAGCGUCUCCGCCCUUGUCGCUCGCUUCCAAACCGCCGCCAAUCGCGACCAAGAAGCCGCCACCCGCGAUACAUCCCGCCGAACGAGCCUUGGCCCCACCGCGACUGCUGGCCUUACGAGUCCUAUUCUCUCCGCCGCAGGUGGGGCGGGGGGUGUCUCGGGGAUGACGGGAGGAGGGCUGGGGGGUUUGGGGGGUUUUGGGAGGAAGGGUGAGGAGGGGGGCCAGGUUGCUGGGAGUCCGGGUGGGGAGCAGGGGGAGAGGGAAGAGUCGCCUGGUGGUGCUUCGGUCGCUCCAGCGCCAAGUCCAGCGAAAGUACCAGUACCUUCGCCUGCCAAACCUGCCGAGAAAGGAACGACCAUCCCUUCCCCCUCCCCCUCCACUAACGAGAAACCCACCCGCCCUCGUAAUUCUACCCCCUCCUCGUCGCCCGCUCCUGCCCAUGCCCAGUCGACUUCAUCGAACAAACCGUCCGCCCGAGGAGCCCUCGGACGCAGCCAAAGCGUCAAACAACCCUCCACUUCUACCAAACGCCUCACGCCAUCUCAUACGGGAGCUACAUCACGCACUGUCUCUUCCCCUGCUUCUCAUCUUCUUUCGCCCCCGCAAAAGCCUCGAGACAAAUCGACGAGCCCGGCGCCGCUCAACCCUCAGCUUACGGGCACGCCGUCCAAGCCUACGGCGAGCUUCUUGGCCAAGGCCAGGUCUCCGCCGACGAGGGCGGCUUCGGCGAUGGGCGCGGGAGUGGAGGGGAGGAAGAGCUCGGUGGGGUCGAGGGAGGGGGCCAAGUCGCCUAGGAGUUCUCUUGGGCGUUCGAGUGGGGCGGCGGUGAGGCCGAGGACGAGCGCUUCCGAUCGUCCGGCUGGUGGUGCUGUCAAGUCGCCGGAGGGGCAGGAGGAGAGGGAGAAGAAGAGCUCGGUGGGGAGUAGCUCGGGGUCGAGGUUGAUGCAGGGGACGGCGGCGAGCAGGGCGAGGGCGGCUGCGAAUGCUGUGAAUGCUGCUGGUGCGUCGCCUCCUUCGAAAGUCAAGUCUCCUCCGGCAAAGGCGAGGCCGAGAGUGUCCAACGGCAAUCCCCAUCCCCCUUCUGGUCCCUCUCCCAAAGACGGCACAUCUGCCGCCAAGUCUUCGGCUACGAGACCUUCCCCGUCGACCUCUGCUUCUGCUUCUGCUUCUGCUUCUGCUUCUGCUUCUGAUUCUGCUUCUGAUUCGAAGACGGCGAGAGGGGAAAGUGCGGACAAGCCGAAGGCUCCGCAGGCGCCGGGGAGGAUGGUGGCCAAGCCGAGAUUGGGGUUGGCGGCUGCUAGGGAGAGGAAGACAAGUGAUGAGAAUGGGGAUAGGGAUGGAAGGAAGCCGGGGAAGAAGGAGGAGGAAGGACGAGCUCCGGCCAGCAACUCUAGCGACAGGCAGGAAGACAAGCGCCCAGUAUCUCCAUCUCCCACACCAUCAUCCCCUGCCAUGAAUUCGUCCACCAGUGCACCUACUCCUCCUACCUCGUCGCCAGAAGCGGAUGAUGUCUCGCCGACCAAGAUAGUUGGAGAUGGGCAUGAAGAAUUGGGCGAGAAGGACGGGGAGGUCGAUGUUGGGGUUGAGGAUGGAGAGCAGGAUGGUGCGAGAGUUGUGGGAGGGUUCGAUGAGGAUCGUAAAGAAGAGAGCAAGCUUGAUGAAGAGAAGGAUGGGGGUGGAGAUGGGGAGGAAGAACUUGAUGAGAUCCCGGAUAUCUAG